CCCGACUUUCAUUUCGACUACCAUGAACACCGGCACAGAAACCGAAACCCAAGUCGCUCCCGUUGCGCCCCGCCCAAAGCAGAAGAAACAGAAACCUGCUAGGAAACAGGUCAAGCCAGGCGAUGUAGAGAAGAAGGAAACGCCACAGACGGGAAAGGAGUACAACAUCUGGUACAACAAAUGGGCGGGAGGUGACCGUGAGGACAGCUACUCAAACAAAACAAAAUCUCAGACCCGCUGCUCGAUCAAACGCGACGCAGGCCUCACGCGGGCGAAUACGACCGGGAUGAAAUACUGCUGCCUCUUCUUCUCCAGGGGAUGCUGUCCGUAUGGCUGGGAGUGCGAGUAUCGGCACCUCCUUCCAGACCCUACAGACUCGCUUCCCGAUUCUUCGAAAGACUGCUUUGCGCGGGAUAAGUUUGCCGACUAUCGCGACGAUAUGGGCGGCGUCGGCUCGUUCACGCGACAGAAUCGCACGCUUUACGUUGGGAGGAUAAAGGAGACGGGCGUCGGUGCAGAGACGGAGGAGGUUGUCAUAAGGCAUUUCAAGGAAUGGGGCGAGAUCGAGCGAGUCAGGGUCCUGCAAUAUCGCUCCGUAGCUUUCGUCACAUAUGUCUCAGAAUUUGCCGCCCAGUUCGCCAAAGAAGCCAUGGCGUGCCAGUCGCUCGACAACGACGAGAUUCUCAACGUCCGUUGGGCGACGGAGGACCCCAACCCUGUGCAAAAGGUCGCUGAGAAGCGCCGCUUGGUAGAAAUUGGCCAGGAAGCUAUUCGCGCCCGCAUGGACCCCCGAAUUGUCGACGCAAUGCGUUCCGUGCGUGCAUUGGAGGAUGGCGUUCAGCUGGAUGACGAGAAUAUGUUUAUUGAGGACGGAGACGGCACGGAUGGAGAACCAGAGGGAAAGAGGAGACGGCUGGAAGGGCCCGAUGAGCAGGAGGAAGAGCGAGAGGAGCACGUUUCACCACCGGACUCCGAUACCCUUGAAGGUCUCCAAUACUUUGCUGAGAUCCGCAGACGGCAGGGCGCCUCUACACCAUCAGCACUUACGAAGCUUAAAGCUCAGACGCCAGCUCCCGCACUCGGACUAGGGGACUAUGGGAGCGAUGAGGAGGAGGAUUGAUCAUUUUUGGUUGACCAGGUCUGUCUUUGUGCUGUUGUAUCAUUAGAAAUAAAUAUCGGGACUACGCCUAGUAUUC